AUGAAGACACUUCAACUUCUGUCAUUCUGCCUGCUCCUGGUAGCAAACGAGACAAGGAAGUUUGAGGAUUGUGAAUUGUUUUACAAGCUGAGAGAUCUUGGGCUGGAUGGCUUUCGCGGUGUUGACGUAAAACAAUAUGUCUGUAUGGCUGGAUUCCCAGCUAAUUACAACACUGAAUACUACGAGACAGAAGAGGGUGUCCCUCACUACGGGCUCUUCCAUCUGAGCGGCCAGGAGUGGUGCUUUAAUGAGAGGCAGCCCUCACAGAACAAAUGCAACAUUUCCUGUGAUUAUCUCCUCGAUGAUGACAUUGCAGAUGAUGUAAUGUGCCUCAAGAAAGUUAUCACUGAGAAAGGGCUGGAGUAUUGGACACAUUAUCAAGUCAAGUGCAGCAGAGGAGCCCUCAGCAUUCUGCAUCUCUCAUGCUCUUAUUUUUUGGAAUAUCAGUCCUGGUUCAAAAACUUAGUAUUGUAUGGGAAGAAAAAGGAAGUCCACAUCCAUUUUAAUUAA